UCAUUCACUAAUAACAUCUCGUCAAUUCAAUAUAUCUGAAAAUACUGUCUAGUUUUGCUCGUCUACCAACUCUAUACAAAUUCCUAAGUUUAUCACAGAUCAUUGGACAGAUUAGAUUAUUGUGUAUAUAAAAUAUAGAGGUUUAAACAACAUAAUAAUAUAAUAUUUUCAUCACACGUUUGUGCAAGAAUACAUCAAUAAUUUUCCGUCAUGAGUUUCCAAGACAAAGUGGUGCUGGUAACUGGUGGCAGCUCUGGUAUUGGAGCAGCCAUUGCCAUCAAGUUUGCUGAAGAAGGUGCUAAAGUGGCAAUAGUGGGAAGAAACCAAGAGAAACUGAAUGAUGUUGCGAAAAAAUGUGGUAAUCCUUUAGUGAUACAAGCUGACGUCACCAAAGAUGAAGACAUCAAAAGGAUUGUCAAUGAAACAGUGAAAAAAUACGGUCAAAUUGAUGUUUUAGUUAACAACGCUGGUAUUGUGCAAAUAGCAAGUAUCGAAGCGGAGAAUGCUAUAGAAGUGUUUGACAAAGUAAUGUCAACUAACUUGCGCUCAGUGGUAUACUUGACCAAUCUUGCGGUCCCUCAUCUCAAGAAGACUAAAGGUAACAUCAUCAACAUAUCAAGUAUUGCCGGAAUUCGCGUGCUUUCCAACGAAGGGUUCUGUUACGACACAUCGAAGGCAGGUCUCGAUCACUUCACUAGAUCUAUCGCACUCGAAUUAGCUUCUAGUGGCGUUCGUGUGAAUGUUAUCAAUCCAGGUCCCGUUAAGACUGAUAUCAUGUCAAACAUGGGUACUCCUAAAGAGAUGGAAAAUGUUAUUUUGAAAAACAUGCAAGGGAUGACAGCUUUGGGAAGGAUUUCAGGUCCCGAAGAAAUUGCUCAUCUGGCUCUGUUUCUAGCAAGCGACAAGGCCGAAGCCAUUACUGGUUCAUCAUUUGUGAGUGACAAUGGAAUGUUAUUGAAAGCCGGAGUAUUUAGUAUUAAUUAAACAUUAUGCUUAAAA